AUGGCCACGCUCACUUCUGGCGGCAAUUCUGCGUUUAAAAACUUCCACAACCAGUUCGCCCACGUCCAAGAUCCAAAUGAACGUCGCCGUCUGGCCCUUGCAGAAAUCGACAAAGCCCCAUUUGGGUGGUAUCAUAUUCGAGCCGUUGUUGUGGCAGGUAUCGGCUUCUUCACAGAUGCCUAUGACAUCUUCGCUAUCAAUCUGGCGAGUGCCAUGUUGGGUAUUGUCUUCUGGCUCGACGCCAAGGAGAAGCCAGGAAAAAUCCCAUCAAGUGCCGAUACUGCAAUCAAGGUUGCAACUUCUGGUGGAACCGUGAUCGGCCAGGUUGGCUUUGGAUGGCUCGCCGAUGUUGUUGGGAGAAAAAAAAUGUAUGGGCUUGAGUUGAUGAUCAUUAUCUUUGCGACUCUGGCCCAGGCAUUAUCUUCAGACUCGCCUGGCGUGUCCAUUGUUGGUCUUUUGAUCUUCUGGCGCGUUAUCAUGGGAAUUGGGAUCGGCGGCGACUAUCCUUUAUCUUCCAUUAUCACUUCUGAGUUUGCAACCACCAAAUGGCGAGGUGCAAUGAUGGGUGCAGUCUUCGCCAUGCAAGGAAUCGGGCAGUUUGCUGCAGCCUUGGUUGCCCUGAUUCUUGCGGCGGGUUUCAAGGAGUCUCUAAAAACAGCAGCAACGGAAGCCGAAUGUUCUGGUGUUUGCCAGGUUGCUGUCGAUAAAAUGUGGCGCGUGGUCAUCGGAUUCGGUGCCGUUCCAGGCUGCAUAGCCCUUUACUAUCGACUGACGAUUCCAGAAACGCCACGGUACACAUUUGACGUCCAGCGAGACGAUAUCAAGGCUGCUGAGGACACCAAGGCUUAUAUGCAAGGUCAGCCUGGGGGCCACCCAGAUGAAAUCCAGCGCAUAGCCACAUUGCAACAGGACAACACGGAACUCGAGGUCCCAAAAGCUAGUUGGUCCGACUGCUGGGCACAUUAUAAACAAUGGAAACAUGGAAAGGUCCUCUUGGGUACCGCGGCCUCUUGGUUUUUCCUCGAUGUUGCGUUUUACGGACUCGGUUUGAACAACUCCAUCGUUCUCUCUGCAAUUGGCUAUACUGGCGGCGAUAACGUGUACGAAAUCCUCUUCAAUAGCGCGGUGGGCAAUCUAAUCUUGGUAUGCGCCGGAGCCAUCCCUGGAUACUGGGUUACCGUCGCCACCGUGGACACUAUCGGCCGUAAGCCGAUUCAGAUUAUGGGGUUCACGAUGCUCACAAUCCUUUUCAUCAUUAUCGGCUUCGCAUAUGAUAAACUUCUCCAGUCUCACAACGGCCUCCUAGCGCUAUACGUUCUCGCUCAGUUUUUCUUCAAUUUCGGCCCCAAUGCCACGACCUUCAUCGUUCCUGGCGAAUGCUUUCCUACCAGAUAUAGAUCCACAUCCCACGGCCUCAGUGCAGCUUCAGGGAAAGUGGGUGCCAUCAUUGCACAGUGCGUGUUCGGCCCUCUUGUCUCGAAGGGUGCAAAGCCAGGCUCAUCACAGAAGCCUUGGCUCAAACAUGUCAUGCAAAUCUUUGCUCUGUUCAUGCUGUGCGGAUUAUUUACCUCCUUCCUCAUUCCUGAAACUAAAAGAAAGACCUUGGAGGAGCUGGCUGGUGAAGUUCCCGGCACGCCUAAUUAUGACCCUGUCAUGGCAGGUCACACAGUAAAAGGCAAGGCAGGCGGAAAGGAGACGUCAGGGACAGGGUCUCCCGAAAUACAACCAAAUGAUGUGCAUACAACGAUUGUUUGA